AUUUUCAAGCACCUCAUCACCACAAACCCACUAAAUAUUUUUCCCCUUCUCUCCAAACAAACCCUCCAAAUUCCCAUCUAUUUUUAUCAACUCUUCUCCUUCUUUCAUUUCUCUCAUCAAAAACUCAAAAAUCUUUUCUUCUUCUUUUUACAAAUGUCUUCUUCAGUUGCAAGCUUAGAACAUAAUCUUUCAUUCAAUACAAGUAGUUUCUCUUUUACUAACCUCAUGAACUCUUCUUCAUCUUUCACUGAUUUCUUUGCUAAUAAUAAUGAUGAUGUUUUGGAAAAUGAUUAUGGAAAUAAUAACAAGGAGAAAAAUAAUAAUCUCAUUAAUAAUGGUGGUGAUGAUCAUAGUAGUAAUAGUAAUAAUUGGUCAGGAUUUGACCAAUUGAUUGAAGUUCCUAAGUUUAAAUCUAUGGCUCCUUCUUCACUUUCUGUCUCUGAGAAUACUACUACUCUUGUUUCUCCUCCUUCAUUUUUGACUACUCCUAAUGCUUUUAGCCCUUCCAUCUUCUUGGAUUCACCUCUCCUUAAUAAUUUCCCAUCUCCAACUGUAGGAGCAUUUGGUGGCCAAAGUUUCAAUUGGGGGAGUUCUAAUGAAACUCAACUAGGUGCUAAAGAAGAAGGAAGAAACAAUAAUUUUACUUUCCAUGCUCCAAACACCUCAAGAGAAGAUUGGAAUUUGGAUGAACUGAAGAAGCAAAAUGAGAUGAUUAACAAAGAACAAAUCACAUCAAAUUCUGAGUUUAGUGCAAAUCAAAUUAUAUCUCAAGAAAUGAACACAACACAAACAGAUACUGCUGCUAAUAAUCUGCAUAGAAACUACAACAGUCAACCAGUGCAUAUGAAUAGAGCACAAAAAAGAGCAGAAGAUGGAUAUUGUUGGAGGAAAUAUGGGCAGAAGCAAGUGAAGGGGAGCACGAAUCCUCGGAGUUAUUACAAAUGUUCGUAUCAAGGUUGUCCUACGAAGAAGAAGGUCGAAAGAUCUCCUGAAGGUUAUGUUACAGAGAUUGUUUACAAGGGAAGUCACAACCAUCCAAAGCCUCAGCCUGGUAGAAGACCCUCUGUACAAAAUAACAAUAACAAUAACAAUGGAUAUGAUGGUUCUGAGGCUUCUAAUGCAUCACUUCUUCAAGUACAAAAUGAGUAUUCUUCAUUUACUCCUGAGACAUCCUCAGUUUCCCUUGAGGAUGAUGAUGAGUUUGAUCAAAGUUCCGCUAUGAGUAAAUCAGGCAAAGACGAUGACAAUGAGCCCGAACCUAAAAGAUGGAAGGGAGAAAAUGAAGGGGAGGUGAUAUCAGGAUAUGGUAGCAGAACAGUCAAAGAACCAAGAGUGAUUGUUCAGACAACCAGUGAAAUCGAUAUUCUUGAUGAUGGAUAUAGAUGGAGAAAGUAUGGGCAGAAAGUAGUAAAAGGAAAUCCUAAUCCUAGGAGCUACUACAAAUGCACCAGCACAGGUUGCCCUGUGAGAAAGCAUAUAGAGAGGGCAUCCCAUGACACUAGGGCUGUAAUCACAACCUACGAGGGGAAGCACAACCACGAUGUGCCUGCAGCUCGUGGCAGUGGAAGCUAUAACAAUGCUCCGAUGCCAGUUAGGCCAUCUGCCAUAACCAGCCAGCCUAACCAGCUAAUCGGCCUAAGAACUCUUAAUAACAACAACAUUACAAGUGUCUCUAGAACUGAAGCUCAGCAGCCACCUUUCUCCUUACAGAUGCUCCAAAACAAUGCUAGCUUUGGGUUCUCAGGGUUUGGAAAUUCUUCAGAAGCCAAGGAAGAGCCAAUAGACAACAUGUUUUUCGACUCUUUUCUUCAUUGAUAUUCAAGAACUUUGAAAAAUGAAAUAUAGGGCUUAACAAUUAGGUAUAGAAUCAUGUAUUUCAUGAAUGUAUAAAGUUUAUACAAAUCUUUCAGGCUCUAAAAGUCUUAAAUUUCACAGAAUAAGUAUAGUUAGGUAAUUUGUUUAUUUGUUGAAAGGCCCUUAAGCUAUAAAGCUUCCUAGGCCAAUCGAAGAUUUAGGCAUGUAUUAUUACCACCAAGUUUAAUUUCAAAGAUUCAGCAUUUACAUUUCUA